GACUGCUGCAAAUCUCUUGUGUCUCCCAUUCAAGAAAAGGAAAAAAUCUACGCUCUGCUCCUUCUGCUGCUAUUGAUAUCCUCUCUCUCUAUCUCUCUCUUUCUCUGUGUUUGCGGCUGAUCAGUUCAUCAGGAGAUAUGUUGGAGGGGAUUUUACCCAAGAUGCCCCCACCCUUGACCCUUCUGGGGGUGGUGCUGGUGCUGUUUUUGCUCUACCUGCUCUCCUCCACCCCUGGGCCUGGAAACAGCCCACCGGGACCCAGACCCCUGCCUCUCCUCGGGAACCUGCUCCAUCUGGACCUGAAACGGCUCCAAGUGUCUCUCUGUGAGCUGUCUAAGAAAUAUGGAUCUGUGUUCACUGUACACUUGGGCCCAAAGAAGGUGGUCAUCCUGGCAGGCUACAAGACAGUCAAACAGGCACUGGUCAACUAUGCUGAAGAGUUUGGGGACCGGGAAAUUGUACCCAUAUUUAGAGAUACUUUUAAAGAGCACGGUGUUGCAUUCGCCAACGGAAACUUCUGGAAGGAGAUGAGACGCUUCACCCUCUCCACCCUGCGUGACUUUGGAAUGGGCAAGAGGGGGAGCGAGAAAAAGAUCAUUGACGAAUUACACCACCUCACCAAGAUGUUUCAGAAUUUCAAGGGUGAGCCUUUCGACACCACUCUGCCAGUGAAUUACUCCGUCUCCAACAUCAUCUGUGCCAUCAUGUACGGCAGCCGCUUUGACUACACUGACCCCAUCUUCCAAAGAAUGGUCAACAGGGCCAAUGAAUCUAUCCGGAUUCUUGGUUCAGCUGAAAUACGGCUGUACAACAUGUUCCCCUGGCUGCACUGGUGUUGUGGCCGGUGGCUGGUGAAUCGGACACAGAUUUUAAAGAACUUCAAAAACAACAUUGGGGAGAUUAAGGGGCUUGUGCAAGGACUGAAGGACACAUUCAACCGCCAGGACCUCAGGGGAUUUGUGGACGCCUUCCUAGUUCGACAGCAGGAGGAGUCAGACCAGCCAGGUUCCUACUUCCACAACACCAACCUGCACUAUACUGUCAGCAACCUGUUUGCAGCAGGGACAGAUACCACUGCAACCACCCUGAGAUGGGGCCUGCUACUGAUGGCCAAGUACCCACAAAUACAGGACCAGGUUCAGGAGGAGCUGAGUCGGGUCAUUGGGGAUCGGGAACCCCAGGUGGAGGACCGGAGGAACCUGCCCUACACAGACGCCGUGAUCCACGAGACCCAGAGACUGGCUAACAUUGCACCCAUGAGCCUUCCCCACACCACCAGCUGUGAUGUCACCUUCCAGGGAUACUUCAUCAAAAAGGGAACUAUGGUGAUCCCACUCCUGACGUCGGUGCUGCAGGAUGAGGAAGAGUGGGCAACCCCCCACAGCUUCAACCCUGGCCACUUCCUGGAUGAGAAGGGCUGCUUCAUCAAGAGAGAUGCCUUCAUGCCCUUCUCUGCAGGGCGACGGGCCUGUCUAGGAGAGAGCCUGGCCAGGAUGGAGCUCUUCCUCUUCUUCACCUUCCUCCUGCAGAGGUUCCGCUUCACACCACCACCGGGGGUGUCUGAGGAUGAGCUGGACCUGACACCAUCUGUUGGGCUCACUCUCAACCCUUCUCCCCACCAGCUGUGUGCUGUGAGCCGGGCCUAAACCCCACUCCAGCUGUGUGUAGUGAGCCGGGCCUAAACCCCACUCCAGCUGUGUGCUGUGAGCCGGGCCUAAACCCCUCUCCAUCUGAUGGGUGUGAACCCCACCUUUUCUGUUCUUCACCAAACCUUUCUUGAUCAUGAGUUAGAGUAAACGUUUAUCUGGAUAUGAGUGUCUGCAACAUUAUAAUAUAUACUGUAUGUCUCCCCUGCACAGCUGUUCUAGGCUUCUUCAACUACUAAUUCAUGAGGGAUAGAGUAUGUUUUACAAUGUUGCUAAUGGGUCAGAUGCACAAAAUAUUAUUGUAUCCAUUUUAACUUGUUUCUUAAGUUGAUUGAAUUGAAAUGGAACAUAUGUUGACUUGAGCUUUGAGACUGAAAUACAGUGAAAAAAAAAGCCAGAUCCCUGCUAUGACAAAUUUUGGCAGGUGCAAUUUUGAACUGCCAAAAUCUAACUACCCUCCAAUAUUAAAUAUAUAUAUAUAUAAAAAUAAAAAAAAAGACUGACAAUCACCAAAUGUAACAUGCAUAAUCAAAUUUUAAAAAUACACCUACCAAAAUUCUACUCCUUCCCCUCUCAAAAUUUGAAAGAAGAGGCUGAGGAUACUAACCGCAUAUGCAGAUGAUCAUGCAUGGUUUGCUGAUUGUCAGACUGUGUAGAUUCUGAUGUAAAUCUGAAUCUGAAACUGAAUAAAUGUACAUAUUUACCAGGAUCAGCUCAAUCAGGUUCAAACCAAAGGGAACCAGGGCUCGCUGUUCAUCAAAAUGCAGCCAAUAAGAAAUUAUAAUGACUGCUGAUUGGUAAUGAACUUAUUUUCACCGUAUUUUCCAGUCAUUGCUUUCUUUCACAGAGAUAAAAGCUGUUUCCACUUA